ACGUAUGCACAAACACAAACAAAACGAGCGUAGAACAGUUUUUUCGACGUUCACAAUUUCGUGCGGAGCUGGGGAGCUGCUGGAGCUGUAAAAAUAAAAGCCAGCGAAAUUCUGUGAAGAAAUUUGUUAUUGCAAAAUACUCAACUAGUGCGUACUGUAUUUGGUUAUUUGUGUGCAGCUGAGCAAACUGCAAGUGCAAGAACAACCGCAACAGCAGCAGCAACAGCAACAACAACAACAAUUGCAGCAGCAACGCAAAAAGCAUUAACUAAAAUACAUUUCUGCAUACGUUUUGACCACGCACUUGUCUUAUCUUUGUGCCUGCGCCCGUAUGUGUGUGUGUUUGUGUGUGUGUGUGCGUGAAUAGAGCACAACAACAACAACAACAAGAAGAAGAAGAAGCAGAAGAAGCUGAAGAAGAGAGCAACAGCAGCAACAGGAUGUCCGGUCUGCCACGCCGUAUUAUUAAGGAGACGCAGCGCCUGAUGCUGGAACCGGUGCCGGGCAUCAAUGCGAUACCCGAUGAGAAUAACGCACGCUAUUUCCAUGUGAUUGUCACCGGUCCGAAUGAUUCGCCCUUCGAGGGCGGCAUCUUUAAGCUGGAGCUCUUUCUGCCCGAGGACUAUCCAAUGUCGGCGCCCAAGGUGCGUUUCAUCACAAAGAUCUAUCAUCCGAACAUCGAUCGCUUGGGCCGCAUCUGUCUGGACGUUUUGAAAGACAAGUGGAGUCCGGCCCUCCAAAUACGCACCAUUCUUUUGUCCAUUCAGGCCCUGCUCAGCGCCCCAAAUCCCGAUGAUCCGCUGGCCAACGAUGUGGCCGAAUUGUGGAAGGUCAAUGAGGCGGAGGCCAUACGCAAUGCCCGCGAAUGGACUCAAAAGUAUGCAGUCGAAGACUGAAGCGCAGUGCAUGGUGAGGAAGGGAGG